AUGCCCGAUCUGGAACCUUUAACAACCGAAUACGAUAAGGUAAGACCGGAAACUCGACUGUGGUCAAUCAUUAAAAUAGGGCGUUUUUAUACCAGGAAUCAAGGAAACAACUUUUACAGGGCCAGAGCACGUAAUUGGCUUUUUGUAAGACCUUGCAAGAGGACUUGCUGGAGGUAGGCCGAAAGCGCGUCAUCUCCCAGCUACCCAUCGUUCAAUCAGCGAGCGGGGUCAAGGUCUGCGCGAGCUACGCCGCCAGUGGUGAGUGCUUUUAUCAGCCGUGUGUGGACAGGAGGGCGGGGUGACGUUCGGACAGCGGUAAACCAGGGGGAGGGAAGCGCCUCACUACAACAUUUCAGUCAUGUACAACACUUGACAUCUCAAAGUUGGAAGAUUUAUCUUGCUUGUUUACCCUUUUUCUCCGUCUAGCCAUCUACAACUACGUACAGCGUCCCUUCCUGCGCAUGUCCUGGGAACAGGAGGAGAACAAGUCGCGGCAUGUUGAUUUCCAGUGUGUCAAGAGCAAAUCUGUGAGUGACUUGACCAGCCUGGAACAAGCCGUCAUCGACCGACCGCCGGAGACUCUGCCAACGACGAGUUUCCCGCAGCCACCUGCAGCGGCGGGGACGGCAGCAGCAGCAGCAGCAGCACCAUUGCUGUCACCGCGAGCACCAUCCUCUCCGGUCACCCUUCCGGAGUCGCCCAGUCCAGUCGAUCCGCCUCCUGCAGACGAGACCGCCUGA